AUGGAAUCGACAGCGUCUCAUCGGAAACGCUACUUUAAGCAUGGUUCACCAUCUUAUGAAGAUCGGAAAGAACGGCACCAUCACAAAUCUUCGCAUAAACGUCGACGUCAUAAAACACGUAGUCGUAGUCCUUCAGGUUCCUUGUCAGCUCACGAUAGGAAGCCUCCUGUUGUUUAUAUGAAUCCAGCUUUCCAGCAGGUUUAUGGAUCGUCCAGUAUAGUUGCUACUCAAGCAGACAUAGAAAUGCGUACAACAUUGAUUGGCCAACUUUCGGCUUACGAACAGCGUAUAAGUUCGCUCGAAUCUGAACUACGAGCUGCACAACUUGCGCGGGGUAGAGCUGAGCAAGUUGUUUACGAAGUCAAUGCUGAGAAGUUACGUGUCGAAUCUCAUAAUUCUGAAAUAGUACAGGUUAUGAAAACUUUGGAAAGAGCGGUCGAAGACCUUCAAAACGAUUUGAAAAGUGCAAGUGAUGAAAGUGGGAGACGGCAGUUAGAGCUUGAAAACGUGGAAAAAAAUCUCGCUUCUUCUCGGGAACAGAAUAGUUUUCUUAGUGAACGUAAUAUGAAACUUGUUAAAAAUUUUUACGUAUGUUUUUGUUGUUAUUUUUUUAUUUUUAGGCGAGAUGAGUCGGCAAGGGAACUCGCAGAAGUGCGACCGCGCAUUGAGGCGCUGCAGGCUGAUCUUCGUUUGAGGGCUGAGGAAAAUCGAAAGCUGAGUGUUGAAAUUCGUAGCUUUGAAGACAAAGAACGAGUAUGGAAAAAAGAGAAGACCGACUUGGAAAAAAGAAUUGAAAUCAAAGAUGCUGUUGCCACUGCAGAAAGAAAAAAUAAUGACGAAUGGAAAAGAAAGCACCUAGCAGAAAAGGCGGAACUUGAAAGGAAAGUCAAAUUAGCAGAACCUGAUAUCAAUAGAGCUCUUGAUGCGGAGUCUAUAAAGAAAGCAAUAGAGGAUGUACGAGCUUUUUAUGAGCAGAAGUUGUCUUAUAUGCUUAACGAGUUGGAAACAUUGAAAAAGAAGAGUUCACUGAAAGAAACGGGUUUUUCUUCCGCUAAUUCUAGUAAUGAGCGGUUGGAACUAGAAAAAAGUGGUCGCUCAGAACUUGAGUACAGAUCUAGCUCAGCACCCCCAGCUUCUAUAUCAAAUGGUCUUCUUUCGUCGUCUGAAAAUUAG